AUGGGAAUCUUGCAUGAUACCACUACACCAGCGGCGCCGCUGGGUCACCGCGAUGGCCGGGACGCGGCCACCCACCCUGGCUUCCUGCGCUGCGGGGUGGCCCGCGGCUCCCGGGUGGUCGUGGGCCCAGCCCAGAAACUCGUCUUCAACAGAGUGAACGGCAAGAGGCCGCAGGUGCUGCCGCAGCAGGUCUCGGCCCCUGAGGAGUGCUACACGCUGGCACAUGAGGAGAACGUCCGCUUCAUCUAUGAAGCCUGGCAGCAGGUAGAGCAGCAGUUGGAUGGCAGCCGGAGCGGGGAGAGCGCCUGCGGCCCCGUGCAGUACAUAGAGAAAACCCCCAACCCCGGACUGAAAAACUUUGUUCCCAUUGACCUGGAGGAGUGGUGGGCACAGCAAUUUCUGGCCAAAAUUGAAAACUGCUCAUAAAAGGGAAGAAAGGU